UUUAGAUAGAAAACUUCAGCAGCUUGAUGAACCGUUCAGCACAAACCCAACUCGGGCCCCGUCGGUUAAGGAUUCGCACAUUUGAAUUGAAGGAAGACGGGCACUCUGAUGCUCAUGCUUCUAAAGAGAAGAGAGGUACGAGUCCAGUGACAGACGAAGCAGAUGUUUCUUCUGAGGCCUGUAAGAACAAAAUAUCAUCUUCUGUGGAUUUCGAGAUCCACACUGAGUAUGAGUACGAGUGUGAAGAUAUAAUUCCACCACGACUAACUGCCCCGUUGACUAGAAAACAAUUUAGGUAUUUGUCUGGAGAGACGAGUGAUGAUGAUGAAGAUGGCACAAAGUUCUAUGGGGAGAGCAUUGUGUACGACACUCCCGGUACUCGUGAUAUGACGGGUGCUGAGCGUGCCUUGGUUGCGCUUGGAUACAAAAAGGGCACCGAGAAGUACAUGAUUCGAUAUAGAACGCUUCGCGAGGAACAAAUACGAUAUGAGAGAAACUGUGAGGACCUUGAUAGCAUUAAGAAUUUGCAUGUCGAAGCUGUAUUGGACGAAGAUGGCAACUUCUGUUGGGGUAGUCUUGGACCGUAAACUAUAUAUGUCGGUAAUAUUAUUUCUAUGUCAUGUGUUAGGGUAGGAUGUUGGAGAGGAAAUUAUUCCUUCUGCCCUUUUUUUUUUUUUUUACUACAACCUGCUUCGCGUGAAAUUAUUUUCUACCCCAUCUCUAGAUUAAUAGGAUGUGAAUACAGUAACUUUCUUUGUUUUAUCUGUUUCUUUUGUCCCCUUUUGGCGUUGUUCCUCGUCAUGGGAAACAGACUAUUGUCUUCUCUUUGUGGAGCUUUUUGGUUUCCUUAUUUUCCGAUCAGGCGGUUUUUGUUUGGAUUAGCUCUCUUGUUGUCAGCUGUUCUGACCAAGAAUGUAUUACACAAGAUAGAGAUGGAUUUAGGUGUUUGAUGGUAAACAAAGUCUUUCCCCUGUAAUUGGAUCUAAUAGACGUUUUCAGAGUUUUCCGCUCUUGAUCGAGAUCCUCUCCUUCCCUUGUGCCAUUUGCUGUAAUGUGUUCUGAUGGCUCAUUCUUAUGCGUCAAGUAUUUUUUUCCUUUUUUAAAAAAAAAAUAUUAGGUUUAUAGGCGUACCUUGAUCACUAUCAUAAAGGUUUAUAUAUAAAUGAUUUGAAAAAUGUGGAAUAGGAUAAAGGUGUGCUGUUUUCUAAUGUUGAACCAUCAAGUUAUUGCUCAUUUUAUUUCCAAUGUGCAGUGCUAGUCAUUCUGUUGCAUUUUGUUUUUACAGAAAUCAGGUUUGUUUGAACUUUGAAUAGCAGUUGGAGAAUACAAAGUUACAUUGAAUGAUGCGGCUUAUUUGCUUUCAUCAAAUGAAAGUGGUUACUUAUUUGCUCUCCAAUCAAGCAUACAUGGAUUGAGCUUUUGCAUUUUGAUGCCGAACAGCACAAUUAUUCGCUUGAAUAAACUGUUUGCUAUCGAACCCGUCAACAUUUAAAAUUAUUUUAAAUGAAAA